CUGGAGUGCGGCGCCUUCUGCGGCAUCAUCUUCGGCUGGGCCUCCCUCGUCUUCGUCCUCAAGGACCUGGGAUACUUCGAGGGGCUGUGCCAGCCCUCUGCCACCUCCAGCCCCAACCUCACCCUGGGGUCUGGUAUGGACCCCCACCCGUCCCCGUGGUCCCCUGACUCGUGACCCUGCUGUCCCCAUGCCCCGCGCUGCCCCGUGUCCCCACUGUGCCCGCGCCUUUGUCGUUGCUGUCUGCAAUGUCCCGAUGCCCCGCCGUGUUCCAUGUCCCCGCCAUCUCCAAGCCCACGUGCUUCCUGUCCCCCAGUCCGUGUCUCCGGUAUUGUCAUGCCCGUGGUGUCCCCACGUGCCCCGUGUCUCCUGCACCUCUGCUGACCCGUGUCCCUGGGCGCCUGUGUCCCCGCACCGCUGGUAUUCCCGGCGUCCCCAUGCUCCACGUAUGGCCAUCCCCAGACUGCAGCGGGCAGGAUGAGCAGUUCUCUCUGGUCUUCACCAUUGGCUCCUUCAUGAACAACUUCAUGACCUUCCCCAUGGGUGUCGUCUUCGACCGCUUCGGCACCACAGCUGCGCGCCUCAUCGCCAUCUCCCUCUACACCGGCGGGACCCUGCUCGUCGCCUUCUCCACCCCAGAAAUGGCAGUGCUGCUCUUCCCGGCCAUGUCCAUGCUCUCGGUGGGCGGCAUCCUCCUCAUCCUCACCAACAUGCAGGUGGGCAACCUGUUCGGGAACUACCGCUCCAUCAUCAUCACCCUCUACAACGGGGCCUUCGACUCCUCCUCUGCCAUCUUCCUCAUCGUCAAGCUGCUGUACGAGCGCGGGCUGUCCCUGCGGGCCAUGUUCCUCUUCCUGGCAGCCUGCAGCGCCUGGCACCUCCUGCGAACCCUGUUCCUGAUGCCGCGCACCCGCAUCCCCUACCCGCUGCCCCCCGGCUACGACUACGGGCUGCAGUGCUGGGGGCGUUCCCGCUCCUACCGAACCCACAAGGACAAGCAGCCCCCCGGAGAGGCCGGACCGGAGGAGACGCCGCUGGAAUCCCCCAAAGCUCGAGGUGGGGACAUGCCUGGGACGCCGUUCCGGGCCUGCGCCUGCUCGUGGCUCUUCGCCUGGCACGUGGCCUGGCUCUCGGUGAUGCAGCUGCGCCACUACCUGUUCAUCGGCACCCUCAACCCGCAGCUCGAGCACCUGGCACGCGGGGACCACGCCCUGGUGAGCACCUACACCAACGCCUUCGCCUUCACCCAGCUCUGCGGGGUGCUCUGCGCCCCCUGGAAUGGCCUCAUCCUCGACCGGCACAAGCGGGGAAAGGGCCCCCGCCCUGAGGGGACCCUGGCCGCGCUGGCAGACCUGCGGUCGGCCGUGCUGUCGCUGGUGGUGACGGUGGCGCAGUGCCUGCUGUUCUCCGUGUUUGCCGCCGUGCCUGUCCUGCCCGUCCAGUUCGGGACCUUCGUGCUGCAGGUCAUCAGCCGCUCCUUCCUGUACGGCGGCAACGCUGCCUUCCUGGCCAUCGCGUUCCCCCCGCAGCAUUUUGGGAAGCUCUACGGGCUGGCCAUGGCACUGUCGGCGCUGGUGGCCCUGCUGCAGUACCCCUGUGUCGCCCUGGUGCAGGGGCCGCUCCAGGGGGACCCCUUCUAUAUGAACUUGGGGCUCAUCGCUGUGGUGCUGGUGGCCUUUGUCAGCCCCGUGGUGGUGGCCCAUGAGUGCCAACGGCGAGCCAAGGAGCUGGGGAUGGCUGGCACCCCCUUGGCAGCCCCCCCCGGCACUGAGAUCCACGCCGAGACCCCACACUGAGCCCCACACCCAGCACACCAUUUUUGUACCAGCCUGGGGGUGCUGUGCCAGUGGGGUUGGGGGUUUGGGGGUAAUAAACAUUGCUGCCCCCUCCA